GGGUUCGGCGAAGGUGGAAGGUCGUGGUCUCCCUGGGAAACGGGAGCUGUCCGGUCACCUGUUGACCCAGCAGCUUGAACCAACGCCGCUGCACUAAAGGGUAAUCCCUACUCAUUCUGGAGGAGCGGAGUGCGAGGAAACGUUUGGGAAAGAUUAUCUGAGUGAUAUGGCUCUCUGGGUUUUCUGUAACAACUGUUUUCAACAGCCCAAAGCAAACGGUUACAGAUUUGCUCUGACAAAUUGCGGACAUGUUGUCUGUGAAAUGUGUCUGAAAAAAGGAGGUAUGGAUGCAUGCUGUGUAUGCAAAGCACGAUGUCACACUAUAUUCCUUUCAGAUAAGAUGGAUCCAAAUCUUAAGGCACUUUUUACACAGCCAGAGAAAGUUUGUGAGAUGUACUUAAAAGAGUUUAUGCAGAUUAUGGACUUCCAGGAAAAACACAGACGACAUUUGUGUGCAAAAGAAACAGAAGAGAAAGCAAAAUUGAAAGUCUAUGUCGAACACAUCACACAGAGGAAAGAACAAUUACAAUGUGAACUUGCAGAAAGUAAGAACUACAUAACAAAAUUAGAAAGCACUUUUCAACAAAGACAGCAAACAUCACGGUUGUCUACCCCUUCCGGAUCAAGGGACUUUCUUUCAACACCUUCCUUGAAAUCAGCGAUGUAUUCUUCCGUUCCACUGUCAAGACCAUCCUCCACUGAAAUGGCUCACAAGAUGGAGAUUGAUGGAAGACCAAGUUCUUCAGGGAAGUCUGAUUCAUCUAUGGGUCCACCCAGAUUGUCAUUAUUAAGUCCCCCCAAGGAUGGAAGAAUGGGUACCGUGCCUCAGAGGGUAGCUGGCAAACUAGGAUCUUUUAGGGCUUCAGCUCACUCAACACCAGUGCAGCAGAUCGGACUUUCAGGUUAUCUAUCAUCUGGUACUUUGAGUCACAGAGGAGGAUCUUGGGACUCUUCGAACUACAGAACCAUGCUAUCUUGUCCUUCAACACCAUCUUCACCACAGACAUCUGUCUCGAGGACUCCCAUCAGCAUUUCAAAUCUCCUAAUGAGACCAUAAAUUACUUGGAUAGCAAAAAUGAAAUGCAGAAAUUUGAAGAUUUGUAUCAAGAAGGCGCCUGCAAAGAAUGGAACAUUUAUCCAUGGACCUGCUCAAUAUCUAAUUCUACUGCAACUCCUUUACCAAAUCUGCUUUAUCAUCCUCAAUUGAUAGUGUAAUGCUGUACAGUUCUUUAAGAUAUAUGAAACAAAUUUAAUAAAUUCUUUAUUUUUCUCACUUUUGUUUAAACGUAUGAUGAGAUGUAAUAUUUAUGACAUUGCACGUUGCAAAUGUACACAAAUAAAAAUAGAACUCCACCCUUCUUUAAUUUUAAUUAAUUUGCAGUUUAUGGUGUUGCUGGCAUGGUGAACACGAAUCUCCAAUUUCCUUUGGUAAGCUGAUAAUUAGUUAUCUCGGUUUACCAGAAUUAGAGGAGAUUAGUUAGGAGGAGAGGUUGGAUGAACUUGGUUUGUUUUCUCUAGAAUGCCGGAGGUUAAGGGGAGACUUAAUAGAAGUAUAUAAAACUAUGAGUGGCAUAGACAGGGUAGACAGUCAGAACCCUUUUUCCCAGGAUGGAAAUGUUAAAAGAUAGAGAGAUGCGUUAGAAGAGAGGGGCAAAGUUUAAAGGAGAUGGAUGGGGCAAGGUUUUUGUGAAGAAUGUGAUGGGUGCCUGGAAUGCAUUGCCAGAGGUGGUGGUGGAUUCAGAUAUGAAAGUGGAGUUUCAGAAGCGUUUAGAUAGGCACGUGGAAAUGUUGGGAAUAGAGCGAUAUGAAUCAUGUGUAGCUAGAUCAGUCUAGUUAUCUUGGCAUUAUGUUUGGUAUGGACACUAUGGGCCGAAAGGCUUCUUCCUGUGUUGUACAUUUUUAUGUUCGCUGUUCUAUUCCAUAAGGUUAAUAUACUGCCAUAAUUAUGUUAGAUAUGGAGUUCCAGUGUUUAAUAUGGCAUGUCUUAUUUUUAGACUCUUCACCUUUCCAAAAAAACAGGAAAUGAUUUCCAAUUCAGGAUGCUGUGUAUCUUGGUGGGGAUUUUAUGAUCUUCACAUAUACUUGCUAUCCUUGUCAUUCUAGGUAGUGGAAGUUGUAGGUUCAGGAAGUAACAUUGAAGAAGCCCUGAAAAUAUGCUGUAAAGCAUUUUGGAGAUGUUACAUACUCUCACUAUGGUACUGUGUAAUUGAAGGAAGGAAUAUUGCUUUAGAUUAUUCACAGUCACUUGUCAUGGAUGCUGUCAAAAUGAGAGUCGCUGAUGUUGCAUCCUUUUCAGCAAAAGGAAAGUAUUCUAUCACGCUUUUUGCAGAGGAAGUGGUAGAGGUGGACACAAUUAUAACAUUUUAAAGAUAUUUGUACUCAUACAUGGAUGGGAGAAGCUAAAGAGCUACAUAUGCAGCAGAUAAACUGGCCCAUCUGCCCAACUUAUCCACACUGACCAAGCUGCCUAACCGAGUGAGAUUUACUUACCUGUGCUUGGCCUAUAUUUCUCCAAACUCUUCCUAUCCAUGUACCUGUCCAGGUGUAUUUUCAAUGUUGUAAUUGUAACUGCUUUUAUCACAUCUUCUGACAGCUUGUUUCACAUACACACGCCCUCUGUGGGAAAAGGUUUCCCCGUCAUUUUAUUUUAAAACCUUUCACC